AGAGCGCGUCCUCUUCUCUAAAAGGUAGUCUGAGUGGAGAAAGUAAUGAAGAUGGAAGGAGGUGAUGUUGUUGAAUUAUUGAGGAGAUUUAUGGAGUAGCGAAGUGAUAGCCGUUUACUCGUCCUAGCGGAACGACGGAGGACGGUGAUAGCAGGAAGCUGACAGAUAGCAUGCCAGUAGAGGUAACUCCACUGCAGAUGAAGGAACAUGUUGGCUAUGGACCAAGGAGUGGUGGAGGAAUGGCUGUCAGAAUUUAAGACCCUUCCUGACAGUGCCGUCUCCACCUAUGCUGCCUCACUAAAAGACAAAGGUGCCCUGGUCCCUGCACUUUACAAGGUCAUCAGAGAGAACUACAGUGACUUACUAGAGCCAGUGUGUCACCAGUUGUUUGAGUUUUACCGGAGCGGUGAGCCGCAGCUGCAGCGUUUCACGCUACAGUUCCUGCCAGAGCUCCUGUGGAGCCUCCUGUCCGUCAGCGCAGCCAGAGACCCCCACACCUCCGGCUGCAUCGAGGCCCUGCUGCUAGGCAUUUACAACCUGGAAAUAGUUGAUAAGGAUGGACAGAGUAAGGUGUUAUCUUUUACCGUCCCUUCCCUCUCCAAACCCUCAGUUUACCAUGAGCCUUCAACUAUUGGCUCCAUGGCCCUUACCGAAGGAGCUUUAGCUAACCAUGGGCUGAGCAGAGUGGUGUACAGUGGGCCUCACCUCCAGAGAGAAACCUUCACAGCACAGAACAGAUUUGAGGUGCUGACCUUCCUCCUGCUUUGCUACAACGCCGCUCUCAGCUACAUGUCCUCCACCUCCCUGCAGUCCCUCUGCCAGCUCAGCUCCAGGGUGUGUAUUUGUGGUUACCCACGGCAACAGAUGCGGCGGUACAAAGGCAUUAACGCACGGCUCACAGUCACAUCAGAGUUCCUGGUUCAGCUCAUCACAGGGAUCCACUACGCCUUGUGUAAUGGUGAAGUUGACCUGGGAUCCAAAGCACUGGAUGACGUUCUGUAUCGAGCCCAGCUAGAGUUGUUCCCCGAAGCCCUGUUGGUGGGUAACGCCAUUAAGUCCUCACUGCACAGUGCAGCACUGAAAAGCAACAAUAAGGAGGGUGCGCGGAGUAUUCAGGUGGAGAUCACACCUACCUCCUCGAGGAUCUCCCGCAACGCUGUUACCUCCCUCUCGAUCAGGGGACACCGCUGGAAGAGACAUGACGCAGUGGAUCUGGGUUCCCCGGAUGAGCUGAUGGAUAUUUCGGAGGUGGAUGAAGGAGUUUGGCCAGGUGGCGCGGGGCCUGACAUGACCCCACCCACCAUCACUAUCAGCAACAGUGUCACAACAUUGAACCUGGGGGCCAAAGCCAUGAAGAAGUGUCGGCUUGGCGGGCGGACCAGCAAGGACAAGGACAAGGAGGCGGGCCCUCUGAUGCCAGGCCGGGCCGCCAGCGAGAACGCAGAGCUGUCUGUUAAGCGGCUAACGCUCACUUCCAGCCAAUCGGUGCCCAAAGCGGGAGCCCUCACCAGCCUGACGCGCACCGCCAGCGCCGUUUUCUCACGCUCCUUUGAGCACGUGGCCAGCGGCAAUGCCCCUCCCUCAAGCAACCACACCACCUCCGAAGCCGGCCGCUACUCCUGCAGCCUGCAGGAGGAAGGCUUGGCGUACUUGAGUCCAGCGCCAAAUCACACACAGCGCUCCCCCAGCAUUAGCGUUCAUCUCGGCUCUGACCUUUGAACUCAAGUGUGACUCUUGACUCAUCUCUGAUCCUGUGACCCCAUACCUGUGACCUGGAACUCCAAGCCAUGCUAACUGCAGUUGACUGCAAAAGAAACACUCCAGCUGUUUCCCCCUUGUCACUCCAUUUUUUUUUUUUAA